UAUUGGGCAUUCACUUGACUGAUGUGGUAAUGGUGAUGUUUACGACAGGUCAUUGUUGUUAUUCAUUACUAGACAAAAUUUAGAUGUUGUAAAGUUACGAAGGGCUUUGACGCACAAUAGUGAAAAGACAUCAUUUAAUACCGUGUUGUGUCGGUGGUGACAAUCAUACACUUUAUCAAGUAGAUCGAUAAAUUACAACUGCUGACUGCUAUUUAGCUAAACAUGGGUACCAGAAAGAAAGGCUCUGAACUUGUCUUUAAUUUACAAUGGAGGAAUAAAGCCGAAAAUGGAGGUGACAAAUCUAACGUAAUAGGAAUGUUUGACACCCCAACAACAACUUCCAAUUUCGAGAUGUUUAAAUCAUAUUUGAUUAAAAAUGCCGGUGUUGCAAGUAGUGAUGUGAAAGUUACUUAUCUAACUGACAAUGACGAAGAACGGGUUAUUGAUUCCCAAGAGUCAUUUGACUUAGCUUUGGCUGCGUUUCGUUUGAAAGCUAGACUUGGAGAACUCAUUCUCCUCAAGCUGGGUAAGGCUUCUACUGCCAAACCUGAAGCACCGAAGAAGCAUUCUAAUGAUGUAGAAACACAAUCUGAAGCAACACAACCUGAUCUUGAUUCAAUGGGUAGUAACGUGAUUACACCCCCUGAAUGGUUUAUUGCCUACAUGCAACAGUUUAAAAGAGACAUUGUUGACGAAAUCAUGUAUGCUGUCUCCUCCAAUUUGGCUGCAAGCGCCAAAGAAAAGGAGAAAGAAAGCAUACCAACCGUGAUUCCCUGUUCAAAGAAAAGUAAGCCGGAAACAUCAAAAAGAUCCAGAAAGCACGGAGGUCUUGGUGAAACUCCCAUCGAUAAAGAACUUUCGAAGAACCUAAAAUUCGACCGGAAACUGGAAAACAAACUAGAUAAACUGGACGCUAAAACAAAGAAGAUAAAAGAAAGGAAGCAAGCUUUGAUGAAUAAAAUCGAAAGUGAACAACAUAGAUAUUUUGGCGGUAGAGGUAAAAAUGCUUCAGUUGCUGUACCGAAAAAGGAAACUGUGCAGACCGAGAUACCCGUGGACAGUGAUGGUGCUCCACUGAUGAACGGAUCUGCUGCAAAUUCAGCAGGAUAUCAUUGUAUGAUGGGUGGCGAAGUGUAUCUUCAUACUUGGUACAUUACUAACACUGGAAAACAGCAGUGGACUUCAGAUACUGAAUUGCGAUUAACUUGGGGGUCGGCUGAAUUGCUACCCACUGUGAAGAGUGUGCGCUGUCCUUGCUUAAAACCGGGAGAACAGGGAACCAUUUCUGUCAAUUUUGAUGUACCAAAGAAAUCUGGCACUUACGAAAGCUAUUGGAAUUUUUAUCACGGAAAUGUUCGUUUUGGAAAUUCUCUCAGUUGUUACAUAUUCGUUGAGGAACCUUUAAUAGCUACCAUUUCCCCCGUUUCGAGCUUUCCCCAACCCGAGUUUUGCAUCAACAAAUCCAAACCUCUCCAUGUGGAUCUCGAGCCGUUGCUCCAAAAAGAUGUUCACGAUUUCUUCGAGAAAAAUAAAAUUGAUGAAAACAAACCUUUGGAAUUGACCAAACCCGACGAAGCGUCCUUUGACAUUUUAGAAGAAGCCUGUGCAAAUAACGGUAGCACUCAAACGAAAGAUGGUGUAAAAUCCCCCGAGAACUCGCCUCCCAGUCGUUCGGAGAAUAUUGAGGCCGAGGAAGAAUUAAAAUCGCCGAAAAUUGUGAUUUACCCAAGAGGAAUUGAGGACACAUCAAAAGUGUUUACCAUUUCUGUGCCAGCUGAGACCGAAAGAAUACUCUGGUACCCUCCAGGAGCCAAUCGCAGUUUGUAUAGACCAAUCGAAAUCCCAGUCAAGAAGAUCAUAGGGUGGGAGACAAAAUCAGAAGCACCGAUUGUACAGCAGUCUCUAAAAACGUAUUGUUCAACGGGACAAGUAUUCGCUGAUAAUAAUUGUAUCGCAAUUAUUAGACCUACAACUGUGGCAGACAAUGCCUGUGGAGACAUGACUUUGAAACACGGAGAUGUGAAAUAUUUUCUGCCGGAUUCAGAUUGGGACAGCGUUUGUUCCUUCGAUAGAUACUCUGACGAUUACGAAACUAACUUUAAAGAUACAUCUAACAAAUACGGAAUCCUGGAAAAAGAUCUCAUUGUGGAUUUGUCCACAAAUAAAGAAGCGCCCGCUGUUGAAAAAGAAAAUAAGGAAGAAAAGUUGAACGUGGUAACGAGUGAAGAUAACAAUAACAACAACGGGACUAUGGAAAAUAAUAAUUGUUCGAAGGGAUCGAUUUCAGAAGCUGAAAGUGAAGAUUCUUCAGUGAGUAGCGGUUAUGACGUUUUGCAAGUUCCAGUUUGUGAAGAAAAGGAGGAUAACUCAGGCUACGUUUACAUCACAAUUGACGGCAAUAAACUGCCAGUUCCAAAACACAUUUUACGUCCCGAUUUUCUAGCCAGCGCUGAAGAAGCUCCAGGUCCUAUCUCCACUGAUGACGAAAGACCUGCUGAAAAAUCUAUAGAUUCAAAAGAGAAUACCAAUGAACAAGUAAAUUCUCCUGCAAAAUCAGAAUCUCCACUCUCUGAACCUAAACAAGACAUCCGUGACACUACUCAAGGCAACAAACCUUCACCAACCCUUACACCAGAAAUUGCGACGGAUGCCUCAGCCGGACGGCUAUUUAUUUUCCCACAAAACCAACCCGGUUAUGAGGUGUUCCGUAACAAGGACCAGUCGACCCAUUCUUUGAACAGAAUGGAUUCGUUUGAACCUUACACUUGGUCGACCUCUCCAACCCAAUACAACUUGACUGAUCCAUUAACCAUGGACGGAGCAAAUUCCAUGCAUCUAAGGAAUGACCCGUAUGGACCUUUGGAUAAUUCGUCCUCGUCUUUCGUUGAGCACCAUCCAACACCUGACCAACCGAUUCAUCCUUCAUGUCCUUUUGCGUCUUAUGGAGGAAAUCACUAUUACCCGCAUUGUCGUUCACCUGCCCAGUUCCCGCAUGUACCGAAUUACCAGCAAUGUGGUCCACGGUAUCAGGAACCAGUCCAAAGUCCGUCUGCUCCACCUCAACCGCCCCAGCAACCGGAAUCACCGAAAAGUCCAGAGCUGGCUCAGGCUGCACCUGUUCACCAUAUUUUACCAGAGAAUUUCGUCAAUGGGGCUGUUAAUGUGGCUUCUUCCGCCAUUAACACUGCGCGGUCGGUAAUCAACAUGCUGGCGUCACCUAAACCGGAGGCUGGAAGGUGGGUAAAUGGCCACUGGGUUACUGAAAAUCCUGAAUCUCUUCGUGCAAAAAAUCUGGUUAUAUUGAAUGAAAUGGGAUUUUGGAAUCCCGAUCUAAAUGCUACUCUAUUGGCACGACACAAUGAUGACAUCGCCCAAGUUAUCACUGAUCUAGUUGAGUAACCUUGUAACUUUCACCAUUGUUGACAUUCAUCUAAUAAUAUUAAUUUUCAAAUAUGUGUUUAUUGUAUUUUAGACAUUAGAAUUUAUUAUAGGAAAUUUAAUUUGAAAGGGUGUUACUUAGACACGGUGUUGUUGGAUGGAUGGAUUGAAUCAGAAUAGACUUAAGUAAAUGUUGGUGUAAAAGGCAGUUGAGAUUAUAUACUUAGUUUGUAGAAAUUGUGUAAGUGGGUAUUGAGACAGUACAGUUUGUUUCAGUUUUUGUUUUA